UGUUUUAUCUUCAAAAAUAUGUAUUGCUGCUCUUGUGCCCAUCAUGCGGAACGAGAAAGGGCGAAACAAGCGGUAUCAUUAGUGCGUCAAAUACAGAAACGGACAGCGCCAAUGCAGAUAGCAGCAAAAGAAAACGGCAAUCAGCAAGCACGAAUCCUCCAUCGUUUUCGGCGUACAUGAAGCAGAAGGAGACAGAGAGACAGUCUCAUUUCAAUCCAAAUAAAAACAAGGGCCGCGUGGGAGAAACACAAGCCAAAGCUAAAGAUGAAGUUAUCAUUAACGUUGGCUUGAUGGAAUACGAAUAUGGCGAGGCCAAAAUCCAGCGUGGCAAGUCAUUUCCUGUGAAAUUGUCCAGAGAUAUGGAUUAUGACGAGGUAAGAGAGAGAGCGUUGAAAAAGUGGGAGGAUUACGACAAAACUUUUUCCAGAGAUCGUGGAUACGUCGUAACGUUUCAAGAUGGAAAAUUGGCGAAACAGAUACCUGGCAGCUCAGAGGAAUUCACGCUGAGAAAAUACAAAGAAGGGCUUGGCAAGAGCUAUAG